ACUCUCUGUCUCUCUUUUUUGUUCUCAUAUAGUCUUUCCCUGUCCGAGGCUGUCUGUCUUGGUCUUACUUUCUCUGCUCAGAUAAGCUUUUCUUGGUGGGACUUUUAGCUGCGAACACUUUCAUAUAUUUCAUUUUCUUGUUCUGUUUCAAAGAUCUCUCCAGAAAGCUCUCUGCAUUGCGUGAUAUAUUCAGAGAGGUGUGAUAAAAUGGCGGAGGAGAAGUCUGGGAUUGCAAAAGAUGUUACUGAAUUGAUUGGUAAAACACCAUUGGUAUAUCUCAACCAUGUGGUCGAUGGUUGUGUAGCCCGAAUUGCUGCUAAGCUAGAGAUGAUGGAACCCUGCUCUAGUGUCAAAGACAGAAUCGGAUAUAGCAUGAUUACUGAUGCAGAGGAGAGGGGUCUCAUUACUCCGGGUGAGAGUGUUCUCAUUGAGCCUACCAGUGGAAACACUGGCAUAGGUUUGGCAUUCAUGGCCGCUGCCAAGGGUUACAAACUCAUAAUUACCAUGCCUGCUUCAAUGAGUCUUGAAAGAAGAACAAUUCUUCGAGCUUUUGGAGCUGAAUUGGUCCUAACAGAUCCAGCCAGGGGCAUGAAAGGGGCUGUUCAGAAGGCAGAAGAGAUACUUGCAAAGACUCCCAAUGCUUAUGUGCUACAGCAAUUUGAAAACCCUGCAAACCCAAAGGUCCAUUAUGAGACCACUGGACCUGAGAUCUGGAAAGGUUCUGGCGGGAAGAUUGACGCUUUUGUUUCUGGGAUAGGAACUGGAGGUACUGUAACAGGUGCAGGGAAGUAUCUCAAAGAGCAAAACCCUGACAUUAAGCUCUAUGGGGUUGAACCAGUUGAAAGUGCGAUACUAUCUGGAGGGAAACCAGGCCCACAUAAAAUCCAAGGAAUUGGUGCCGGCUUCAUCCCCGGAGUUUUGGAGGUCAAUAUACUUGAUGAAGUUAUUCAAAUAUCAAGUGAAGAAGCUAUUGAAACUGCUAAGCUUCUUGCAUUGAAAGAAGGUUUGCUGGUAGGGAUAUCAUCUGGUGCUGCUGCUGCUGCUGCAAUUAAGAUAGCAAAGAGGCCAGAAAAUGCUGGGAAACUCAUUGUUGUGAUCUUCCCCAGCUUUGGGGAGCGUUAUCUGUCGUCUGUGCUGUUUGAAUCCGUGAAGCGGGAGGCAGACAGCAUGGUUUUUGAGCCCUGAGAUAUUCCCCAGCUUCAAAAGGGGUCAAGUCUUUUAUGCUGUUUUGGAUCUGAAAUAGGAAGCAUAGAAUAUGGUUAUUGUUGGCUUCUGUGUCUGAACCGAAUGAUAAUGAAGUGAAUAACAUCAAAGUUGUCUAUUGUUUGUAUAUUAAUUAUGAGUAAAUAAAGUACAAUAUAUUUUCUGGGAAUUUGUAUCU